UUCAAAUCGAUCAAAGCAAUCUCCUCAGUGAUUGCAAACUUAUAUACAAUAUUUCCUUUUCUUCUACUAUCUUUAUACAAUUUACGAACUUCUUCUAUAAUUUCUUGAUACUUUCAUAAUAGUACAUAUACUUUCCUUAUUUCAGUAUUCUAUAUACUACCUGAAAUCUUCAUUGCAUCCUGCGUCUGCCUUGAUACAAUCCACGGGCUUCCACUUUUCUUCGCUGAUUUAUCUGGCUGAUACCAUCUUCAACAAACGAAAAUGAGUCAACACGGAUGGGAUCCUAAGAAGACAGUCAUCUCCGGGAGAAGAGGCUCGGACGCCAACUACGAUAUCCGCACUCCGGCAAGCUCCCAUGUCAAUGUUCGACCGAGUCCAAGCUAUUACGGCCGCAAUUUCCAGAACUCUGCACAGGGACGCUCGUCAAGCUUCGCCUACGGCGACAUCAAGGAGCCAAAAUUGCCGGAUCCAUGGGUCAAGGUACCACAGCCAUACCCGGAGCGUGUGGAAAAGGAGUACCUUGCCUACAAGGAUGCCGGAAAACAUAUGACGGCAGUCAGACGGGAGUACAACGCCACUGGUGCGAUGGGUGUUUCUGGUAACCAGGGCCCCGCCAUGCAGAUUCUGAGGCAGGGUGAGCGACUGGCCACUGACAUGAUAGCCGCUGCCAAUACAGUGGCCGCAUCUCACAGUGGCUUUGACCACAAGUAUCCAACUGCCUAUGAGAACCUAGAAAAGAAAGGCUCACAUUAUGAUGAGGCCGUAAAGAACCUCAAAACUGCGAGAAACUACCGCAAUCAGAGAGAGGUGCUCCGUGGUAAGAUCAAUGCUCCACCGCGUCCCUAACUGUCGGCUCGAAGGCGUCUCUUCGGAGCGCUGCAGUAAGGAACUUAUAAAGCUGGGCAAAGAAAAGGGGGGUAAUGUGGCGGCUAUGUUUUGUCCUCCCCAGGUUGUUGAGGCCACGGUCAUUCAUCGCUGGUCUUUGAGUUACUCAUGUUUUCCUGCAUGCUCGGUUAUGUUUUGAACUAUUCUUAUGUGUCAUUGCUUUGUCAAAUUCCCGUGCUUUCUUGCGUUCUUGUUGGGUGUAAUCUAUGUUUUAGUUUGGC